GGCAAAGAGGUUAGGCAGCCGGCAUGGCGCUCCGGUCAAUAAAAUCGAUAGCUGGAAGCUGUCUGUGUUUCAGGCAAAGGCGGUGCAGUAGCGGCGCCGCCAUUUUCCCCGAAGGCAUCUUCCGGUGCCUUUCACCCAAGUUCGGGCAGGAGUUUCCUGAAUAACAGCGAAAGGUUUCCGUUAGCCCCGCCGGCGGCCGAUUCCUGUUCCCUCCUGGUCUCCCAGGCACGCUCCGCCCGGGUCCGGCUUGGGCUCCCAAAUCCCGGGGCCCGCCAGCGCCCAGCGGCCAAGGCCGGGACCGGGAAAGCCGUGGCGCCGGCUUGUCGGGUCCAAUGGCACGGCCUUCGGCUCCGCUCCCCGCGCGGGGACCAGGAGAGGCCGGACCCGGCCGGAGAAGGGGAAGGAGGCCGAGGGCGGUGAAGUUCGGGGACGUGGCCUUGUACUUCUCCCCGGAGGAGUGGGAGUGUCUGCGGCCCGCGCAGAGGGCCCUGUACCGGGACGUGAUGCAGGAGACCUACGGCCACCUGGGCGCGCUCGGGUGCGCAGGUCCCAAACCAGCCCUCAUCUCCUGGUUGGAACGAAAUACCGAUGAUUGGGAACCGGCUGCUCUGGAUCCACAGGAGUGCCCAAGGCGGGUAACAGUCCAAAGAAAAACCAGAACCAGAAAGAAUGAAGAGAAGGAAGUAUUCCCGCCUAAGGAGGCACCCCGCAAGGGGAAGCGAGGCCGCCGGCCCAGCAAACCCCGCCUGAUCCCCAGGCAGACAUCCGGAGGUCCCAUCUGCCCUGACUGUGGUUGUACCUUUCCCGAUCACCUGGCCCUGCAGAGCCACAAGUGUGCCCAGAAUCUGAAAAAGCCUUACCCUUGCCCAGACUGUGGGCGCCGCUUUUCCUACCCGUCCCUGCUUGUCAGUCACCGGCGGGCACACUCUGGGGAGUGUCCCUACGUUUGUGACCAGUGUGGCAAGCGGUUCUCCCAGCGCAAGAACCUCUCCCAGCACCAGGUUAUCCACACAGGCGAGAAGCCCUACCAUUGUCCUGACUGUGGCCGCUGCUUCCGGAGGAGCAGGUCCUUGGCCAAUCACCGGACCACACACACGGGUGAAAAACCCCACCAGUGCCCCAGCUGCGGGCGUCGCUUCGCCUACCCCUCCCUGCUCGCCAUCCACCAGCGCACACACACCGGAGAGAAGCCCUACACCUGCCUGGAAUGCAACCGGCGCUUCCGCCAGCGCACCGCCCUGGUCAUCCACCAGCGCAUCCACACAGGCGAGAAGCCCUACCCGUGCCCGGACUGCGAGCGGCGCUUCUCCUCCUCUUCUCGCCUGGUCAGUCACCGGCGGGUGCACUCCGGAGAGCGUCCCUAUGCCUGCGAGCACUGCGAGGCCCGCUUCUCCCAGCGCAGCACGCUGCUUCAGCACCAGCUCUUGCACACGGGAGAGAAGCCCUACCCCUGCCCGGACUGCGGACGUGCCUUCCGGCGGAGCGGUUCCCUCGCCAUACACCGCAGCACGCACACCGAGGAGAAACUGCACGCGUGUGACGACUGUGGCCGCCGCUUCGCCUACCCCUCACUGCUGGCCAGUCACCGGCGCGUCCACUCGGGCGAGCGGCCCUAUGCCUGCGACCUGUGCUCCAAGCGGUUCGCCCAGUGGAGCCACCUGGCUCAGCACCAGCUCCUGCACACUGGGGAGAAGCCCUUCCCCUGCCUCGAGUGUGGCCGUUGCUUCCGCCAGAGGUGGUCUCUGGCCGUCCACAAGUGUAGCCCCGGGGUCCAGAACUGUAGCCCUAGAUCUGCUAUAGGGGCGCCUAGCCAGAAAGGCAACGCCCUUAGGGCCCUGAACCGGGACGUGACGCGGGAGACCUAUGGCUUCCUGGGCGCGCUCGGUGGAAAGAGAGGUGGAGGCGUGGAGCCCAGAGGCCCAGGAUCCAGAUCCCUGCAGCUCCUCACCAAGCACCUUCCUUCGCCGGCGGCUCCAGUCCAGAAAAUGAGCGAGCGGAACUGCCGGUGCAAGGAGUCGGGUCGGCUUCGCAGCUGUGCACCCAAGUGUAAACGUGGGCCGGAGACCGGCUUGCGGAUCCCGCUGCCGGGAGGCGCAGAGGGAGACCAUCGAGUUCUAAGUCCCGAGCUCCACAAACGCCGAGAUCGUUGGUGGGUUCCAGAUCCCGCCUACAGAGACUUCCGGGCGAAAACGCCCCGCCAGUCCCGCCUCGCGGCACAGCCGCUUCCUGCUGUCGCGGCCAAUCACCGGCCGCUGUGCAACGCGGCCAGCGGGAGUGCUGGAAGCCGCGGGUGUCUGUGUCCAAGCUGCCAUGAAGUGACUAAACACCGAGGGUGUUUAUUUGUACCCAUCAGAACCCCGAAUCCCAAACAGCCAACCCUGCUACUUCGGUUCCCUCGGCUGAGUUCGGAGGCCAAGGCUGGGCGGGGCCCCGGACUCGGGAGCCCUUCCUGUGGACGACGAGAGCUGAGGCCGGGCGCGGGGAGCAGGCGGCAGCUGCUCGGGGCUGGAGGCCUCAUGGCGCCGCCCCCGGCCCCGCUCCUGGUGCUGAGACCGGGGGAGACCGGGCCUGACUGCAAGAAGCCUGCGGCCGUGAGCUUCGCGGACGUGGCCGUGUACUUCUCCGUGGAGGAAUGGGGGUGUCUGCGGCCUGCGCAGAGGGCCCUGUACCGGGACGUGAUGCGGGAGACCUACGGUCACCUGGGCGCGCUCGGAUUCCCAGGCCCCAAACCAGCCCUCAUCUCUUGGAUGGAACAGGAGAGUGAGGCUUGGAGCCCCGCCGCCCAGGAUCCUGAGGAGGGGGAAAGCCUGGGAGGAGCUCUGAGAGGAGAUGUCCCAAACAAAAAGGAAGAGGAACCCGAGACAGGGCCAGGAGCCAAAGAAUCCAAAAAGACUCCUGGGAAGGAGAGGCCUGAAGAGCUGGUUAAAAACAAUCUUGACUCAAGCAUCAGCGAAACCUCGUCAAGAGCACAGCCACCCAGGAAAGCUGCCUGUGACCAGAGCGCAGGUGCGCAGCCCCCGGUCCUGGUGCCCAGCGUAGAUGCUCAGGCCAGCCAGCGGCGCCACGUGUGUGCAGACUGCGGCCGCCGCUUCACCUAUCCCUCGUUGCUGGUCAGCCACCGGCGCAUGCACUCGGGUGAGCGGCCCUUCCCCUGCCCCGAGUGUGGCAUGCGCUUCAAGAGGAAGUUUGCCGUGGAAGCGCACCAGUGGAUCCACCGCUCCUGCUCUGGGGGCCGGCGGGGCCGGAGGCCCGGAAUCCGGGCUGUGCCUCGGGCCCCGGUCCGAGGUGACCGGGACCCGCCGGUGCUGUUCCGGCACUACCCGGACAUCUUUGAAGAGUGCGGGUGAGUGGCUCCCGCUGGCUGGGCUUGAACCUGACCUCAGCGCUAAGGACUAACUGGGCCCUGAGGGAAGCUCCUGACUCAGGGAUUUGGGACCCAAAAUUCAUCCCUUGGUUUUCCCUCAAGGAUCCCUCUAGUUUCCAAACUUGUAAAAACAAAAGUGCCUCUAAAGAUUCAAAGAGAUUAAACUUGACACCUUCUCUCCCUAGUCUUUCUAAAAAAAUGAAGAGAGUGAGAUGCUGGACUUCUCUCAAAGUGUUAUCUCAGUAGCAGGUGCAACCAAGAUCAUGUGCAAACACUGUCUCCAAAAAAAAUCCCCGCUGCUUAUCUGCAGCAGAGGUAAAUGCUAUGGGGGACUAAGGCCAAGGAGGAGGCCUCAGAUGUAGGGCAUGGUCUAGCUCCGGGUAACUGACACCAAUAGGAGGCUCAGGCAGUGAAGUGGGUGGAAAGAAUACAGAAGCACCGGGUGCAGACCUAGUCUCUGCAACUUGCCCCCAGGGAAUAGCUGGUAAGUCACAUGUUUUCCCUGAGCCUCAGCUCCUUCAUCUGUAAAAUGAGGAUCAAUAAUAUCUACCUCAAAGGGUUACUGUGAAGACUGAAAUUGUAACAAGAUAAUAUGUAUAACACAGUAAAUGUGCAAUAAACAUUUGUUGAAACACAA